UUCUCUGCUACCCAGCGAGGCUCCCUCGGUCUGGCCGAGGGUCCAGGCUGCAGUGCAUGUGUGUCCAAAGAGCUGGCUAGCCUAGAUGCCUAAAAUUAGCCUGGGGACCAGCUCCUGGAAAGGCCAGUUUUUGCACCCUCCCCCGGCCCCCAUUAACCCAGAAAUCCAAGGAGCGGCAGCAUGCAUUUUCCGCGUCCUCCGUUUGUGCAGACACAGAGCUAUGAUCGAUAGGCGCACGGGCCAGGCAGACGCAGACAGAAAUUGAUCAGACCUGUUUCGCGAUCGUCGAGGACACGUGACGAGGCCGCCGGCCUUCCUUCCCGGCGCCGGGGCGGGGGGGCCGGCCUGCGGCGCGCUGCGGCAGGGGCGCGCGAGGAGGCGGCGCGGCGGCGGCGGCGCGCAGCUCGGCCGGGCUCCCCGGCUGCGCUCGGGCCGGCGGGAGCCCGCGCGCGGGCGGCGUCACGAGGGGCGGGGCGGCGGCUCGCCGGGAAGUUGCGCCCAGAGAAGUUGCAGCCAUGUGUUUCUUUUGUCCUACUUUUUUAAAAUUAAGUCAAAAUGCCAAUAAGACCAGAUCUCCAGCAGUUGGAAAAAUGCAUUGAUGAUGCUUUAAGAAAAAAUGAUUUCAGACCUUUGAAAACACUUUUACAAAUUGAUAUUUGUGAAGAUGUGAAGAUUAAGUGCAGCAAACAAUUUUUCCACAAGUUGGAUGACCUUAUGUGCAGGGAGCUUAAUAAGAGGGAUAUACAAGCUGUUUCAAUAAUUUUGGUUACUCUUGGAAGAUGUGGCAAAAAUAUCAGUGUAUUGGGGCAAGCUGGACUUCUGGCUAUGAUAAAACAAGGACUAGUCCAAAAGAUGGUUGCUUGGUUUGAAAAAUCCAAGGAAAUUAUUCUGAGUCAAGGAAAUUCAAAAGAUGAAGCUGUUAUAAAUAUGAUAGAAGACUUAUUUGAUCUUUUGAUGGUCAUACAUGACAUCAAUGAUGAAGGUAAAAGACAAGUAGUGGAAAGUUUCGUACCUCGAAUUUGUGCCCUGGUUAUUGACUCAAGAGUGAAUAUUUGUAUUCAGCAGGAGACUCUAAAAAGAAUGAAUGCUAUGCUUGACAAAAUGCCUGAAGAUGCCAGGAAAAUACUCUGUAACCAAGAAAUGUUAAUUCUCAUGAGUAGUAUGGGAGAAAGGAUUUUAGAUGCUGGAGAUUAUGAUUUACAAGUAGGUAUCGUAGAAGCUUUAUGUAGAAUGACCACAGAAAAACAAAGACAAGAACUGGAAUGUCAGUGGUUUUCAAUGGAUUUCAUUGCUAAUGCAUUUAAAGGAAUUAAAGACUCUGAAUUUGAAACAGAUUGCAGGAUAUUUCUCAACCUUGUAAACGGCAUGCUUGGAGACAAGAGAAGGGUCUUUACAUUUCCUUGUUUAUCAGCAUUUCUUGAUAAAUAUGAGCUGCAAAUACCAUCAGAUGAAAAACUUGAGGAAUUUUGGAUAGAUUUUAAUCUUGGGAGCCGGAGUCUAUCAUUCUACAUUGCUGGAGAUAAUGAUGAUCAUCAGUGGGAAGCAGUCACUGUGCCUGAGGAAAAAGUACAGUUAUACAGCAUUGAAGUGAGAGAAGCAAAGAAGAUACUGACCAUAAUUCUGAAAAAUACUGUAGAAAUUAGUAAAAGAGAAGGGAAAGAAUUGUUUUUGUAUUUUGAUGCAUCAUUAGACAUCACUAAUGUGACACAAAAAAUUUUUGGUGCAAAUAAAUACAGGGAAUUUACCAGAAAACAAGGUAUUUCAGUUGCCAAAACAUCUGUGCAUAUACUUUUUGAUGCGAGUGGAUCACAGAUUCUAGUGCCAGAGAGUCAAAUCUCACCAGUCGAAGAAGAACUCGUUAGUUUGAAAGAAAAACCUAACCCCCAAAAGGAAUUUGCUAUACCUCCAAAAUAUGUCAAAAAUAGUAAUCAAGGGGACAGAAAAAAUAGUCAGCUUGAGAUAAUUACUCCUAGCAAAAGAAAAAUGUCUGAAGCAUCAAUGAUUGUUCCUGGUGCAGAUAGAUACACUGUGAGAAGCCCAAUACUUUUAAUCAACACAUCAACACCACGAAGAGGAAGAGUUAAACCACCACUGCAAAUGAUGAGUUCUGCAGAAAAACCUGGUGUUUCUAAAACAUCAGAAAAUGGAGCAGAUAAUGCUGUAUCACUUAAAUCGAGACCAUCUGAAGGAAGAAAUAGAGGAGAUAAUACAGACAAACAUAUCAAAACUGCUAAAGUUGUAGAAAAGACAGAAAAUAAGGACAUUGAAUUCCCAAACCAAAAUUUUAAUGAACUCCAGGAUAUUGUUCCUGAUUCACAGGCAGUGGGAAAAGUAGAUAAACCUGUGCUACCUUGUGUUUUAGACAACAUCGAUGGAAAUAAAAUGCACUCCAAAUGGUCAUGUUGGACACCUGUAACAAAUAUUAAGCUAUGUAAUAAACUGAUAGCAAGUACUUCAUCAGAAGACACAUUAAAUCAAGAUAUUAUUAUCAACAAAAAACUUACUAAGCAAAAGUCAUCCUCUUCAAUAUCUGGUGAUAAUUCUGAAGAAACAGAAGGAGUGCAAUAUAAGAAAGAAAUCAUGCAGCAUAACAAAAUAGAUAAAGCAGAAGUAGAAGUUUACAAAAGAAACAAUCAACGACAGCUAAAUCAUCCUAAACAUUUGGAACAGAAAAAUACUGAAAAUACGGAGCAGAGUGAUUGGCGUAUUGAAUCUGAAACUACUUUUAAAUCAGUUCUCCUAAAUAAGACAGUUGAAGAAUCUCUAAUCUAUAGGAAGAAAUACAUAUUGUCAAAAGAUGGGGAGACUGCUAUUUGUGACCAAAGCCCUUCUCCUAGAAACAAUGUGAAAAGUCAUAGAAAAUCAGGAAAAAGAUUGACAUCUGAACUUAAUUCCCGAGAUUUGAAACAAAAAAAAAUUAGGCAAAAGUCAAAAGGGAAAGGAUUUACUGAUGCAGCAGAAUCCUUGAUAAGCGAAAUUAAUAAGAAAUACAAACCAAAGGAUGACAUAAAGUCUACAAGAAAAUUAAAGGAGUCUUUGAUUGAUGGUGGUCUUUCUAACAAAUCUGAUCUACAGCUCAGUAAGGGAAAGGUUCAGAAAAAAAGUUAUAGACAACUGAAGACUACUUUUGUUAAUGUUACUUCUGAAUGCCCAUUGAAUGAUGUUUACAAUUUUAAUGUGAAUGGAGCUGAUGAGCCUAUUAUAAAACUUGGAAUCGAGGAGUUUCAAGCUACAACUAGAGAAGCCUGCGUGGAUAAUUCAAUAAAAUUGGUAGGUUUAAGGAAUCAUGAUGAAUUUGAACCGUCUCUCAAAACAAAAGAUAAAAGAAUUGUAACAAAUCAUAAAAAGAAAAAUCUCUUUAGUGAUACUGACACAGAAUACAGAUGUGAUGACAGCAAGACUGAUAUUAGCUGGCUAAGAGAAUCAAAAUCAAAACCACAGCUAAUAGACUAUAGCAGAAAUAAAAAUGUGAAGAAACAUAAAAGUGGGAAAUCGAGACCAUCUUUGGAAAGGGAACAACCAAGAUCUAAAAUGACACCCAACAAAAACAUCACCAAAAAGAUAAAGGAGACAGUUCCAGUUGGGAGAACCAGACUUCCACGAAGAGCGACAAAAACCAAAAAAAAUUAUAAAGAUCUCUCAAAUUCAGAAUCAGAGAGUGAGCAAGAAUUUUCACAUUCAUUUAAAGAAAAAUUGCUGGUAAAGGAGGAGAAUAUCCGUUCCAGAAGCAAAACCAUGAAGCUGCGGAAGAAGCAACAGAAUGCCUUCUCUUCUGAAACACAAAAGGACACAUCAAAAGAAUGGAAAAACUCAUCUCUACUAAAAGAUACUGUCAGAGAUAAUAGCCAUGACUUAGCUCCUAUAUCUUUAUCUGGGAGUCCAUCAUCUAUAGAAGUAAUGAGAUGUAUAGAGAAAAUAACAGAAAAGAAUUUUACUCAGGAUGAUGACUGUAUAACAAAAUCCAUAUCACCUUAUCCAAAAUCUUCAUCACCUGAAUCCUUAAACAGUAAAUAUGGAGCUGGAGGUCCAAUAAAGUCACCCAAAAACAGUGAGAAAAAUUUACUGUAUACAAGAGAAAGUUGCUCACCAAUUCCACGAUCAUACUUUUUGGAAAGUCAUUCAGCAUCUCCAUUAUCCAUGUCUAGCGAAGGAAGAGAGAAAAUAUGGUGUGACAUGCCCUCUGACUCUACUCAUGUAUCAGGCCCUACACAACAUCUGAGUCGCAAACGAAUGCACAUAGAAGAUAAUCUAAGUAAUUCCUCCGAUGACGUAGAACUGGAAGGGGAAACGCAAGAGAGAGCAGAUCUGCUUCCCAAAAAACUAUCUAAAACCAAAGAUGCAGACCACCACGCUUACAAAGUGUCUGAAAGUGUAUCUCCAUUAUCAACAAAUGUUUUUUCUAUUCCUGGGGAGAACUGGGAAACUGAAAUUUCAGGUGUAGGGAUGAUGUGUGAGCAGCUCAACACAGAAUUUAGGAGGAAAAUUCAGAUCCGUUACAAAAUGAUGGAUUAUUUUACUAAGCAGUCUUGGAAAAUAGCUCAACAACAUCUGAAAACAAUGAACCAUCAGAUUCAGGAGUAUAGGAUCAAAAAACUUGAUAAAUUCCAAUUCAUCAUCAUAGAGGAGCUAGAGAAUUUUGAAAAAGAUUCACAGUCUUUAAAAGAUUUGGAGAAGGAAUUUGUGGACUUUUGGGAAAAGCUAUAUCAGAAGUUCAAUGCCUAUCAAAAAAGUGAACAGCAGAGGCUUCACCUUUUGAAAGCUUCAUUGGACAAAAAUGUCUUCUACCACACUGAUUAUGAAGAAACUAUUUUUACAUCUGAGAUGUGUUUGAUGAAAGAAAACAUGAAAAUGCUGCAAGACAGGCUUCUUAAGGAAAUGCAAGAAGAGGAGCUUCUUAAUGUACGCAGAGGACUGAUGUCAUUAUUCAUGGCUCAUGAGAGAAAUGUUAAUGUGUGACAUCUAGUUGUUAUCAACGAGUUUUAUGUAAUUAUUCCUUUUUGUGUAUAACUAACUGAGGAAAUACCAGAAUAGCCCUAUAAAGAGAAAGAUACACAUGUCACUCAGGCAAGAGUACCUUUGUAGGAACCUCCACAUUCAAAGAAAUGUCAUCUUAUGGAUGAGAAAGAACCACUAAAACAUGAGUCCAAGCCUAAAAGACUUUCAUCUGUACAAUACUACUUUUUUGUUAUUUUUUUUAGAGAGAAAGUUUUGGGAAACCAAACAGUAAAAGGAAUUGGCUUGUUUUUGUAGUAAUAUUUCCCAUUAGACAAAUAUUACUGAGUUAACUGCACUCACAAAACUAGUUUCUUUAAUAAACUAAAAUUUAUCAUAUAAAAUGUAUUUUUAAAUGAAUACAGUUUGGACUAAAUAAAAUAUUAUUAAAAUUUGUUUACUAGUUCAGAAUAUACUACAAGUGAUUAAAAUUUAGCUAUGCUUAGAAGGCAGAGAAGUCUCUGAUGUGAAAUAUUUACCUGAGUGUAAAUCAGUACUAUUGGAGACUAUAUUUAUUCAGCUAUGGCUCCAAUGCAUUAGAAGUCACUAAAUAGCCUAAAAUAGUUACUAUAUUGUCCAAACAUUUCUUAACUCAUAAGCAGUCUGUUCUGACAAGUACUUUUUAAGCUCCUAGUGUUCAUUGUAAUAAUAUUUUGCCAGAUGAAUUUAUAAAAAUGAAUACAUUUAGUUUGCUUUAAUUGUAUAAUAAAAUUGAAAUAAAUGCUAUCA